UUAGCUGCAACGAAACCCAAACUGCCUAAUUUUUGGCUGCCAUCGCUUACACCUUCUGCGGAUCCUGAUAAAAUAAAAUCAGUGAAAUUGCAGACAAUGUGUACAGUAUCUGAUCCUGAACAUCCCAUUAGUGUAAAAAAUUUAAUUCCAACAAAGUUUACAGAAGUUAAGGAUCCUGAUUCGAAGAAGAUAAAUUUCGUUUGUCCGUCAUGUCGUAGAACAUUGACAAAUUCUAUCAAGAUUUGUUUAAUGAAACCAUGUGGACACGUCAUUUGCAAAAUAUGCGUGGAAAAGUUUAUUAAAAAUUCAAAAAAAUGUUUUGUUUGUGAUGUUAAAUGUAAAGAGAAAGAUAUUACUGAUAUGUCUGGAGAAGGAACCGGAUUUGCGAGUGGUGGAGGAAAAGUGGUAGCCGAACGAUUUGAUGUUGCAUUUCAAUAA